AUGUCUUCGAUGUUGCUUUCUUCAGCAGUAAUACCAUCCAAGACUUCAGCGCUUUCUACAGAUAUCAGGUCGUCAAUGGCAUCUGCAUCGAUUAUGCCGCAUAGUAUUUCUGCAGCUCCUCAAUCAACAAUAUCGUCUCUGAUGAAAAAGAUGCCCGAGAUAGAGAAAGUUAAGGAGCUCAGCCCUUCAGACAUUAAUAAAAUCCUGGAAGACUGCAAUGAUUGCGAAAGAGUCGACCAGGUGCUAGUAUACAGAAACGGAGAUUCUUUCACAGACUACUCUGGGAAUAUAAAGUUCCAAGAGCGAGAUGGCAAGCUUGUCGAUGCAUCAGGAUUGUUUAUUGGGAAAGACUGUGGAUGUCCAAAAGAAGAGAUUCCUGAAAUGGGUAAGCUAUCUGAAACAGGGUUGUAUCAGGACAAGCAGGUCAGCAGCCAGAGCUGCCAGAAACAAGCAAAUGCCAUCGAAAAGAUAUAUUCCUCAGUGGAUAUCAUUCAGAGUCAGAGCAUGGCAAUGUCCGUGCAUUCAGAAUCUACAUAUUCAAGCGUAAUGCCAGCAUCAGGCAUGGCUGGAAGUGCAUUAUCUGCAUCCGUCUCGUCUUCAGUGGAUAUUCCAAGCAGUGUAGCCAGCAAUGCACCAUCUAAUGGUUCUAGUUCAAGCGGUGCAUCUCCCUCAAGUAUCUCACAGGCCACAAAUGCUAUGCAGUCUUCACAAGCUGCAAGUGUAUCCUCUGUAUCUAGCACAGCACAGCCAUCAAGCAAUAUACAAGCAAGCAUGAGUAAUCAACAAUCUGCACAGCCCACUGCAAUCAAUAAUCCAGAAGUCUUAAAUAGUUUACAGGAGCCAGCACCCAGUGUUGCAAUGCUGCCUGAGGUAAUUCAGCAAAGCUCAGUAAUAACCAGUUUGCCACAGCCUAUUAAUGUAAAUGCACAAGCUGGUGGGGAACAGGAUAUAAACAAGAGCUCGCCAGCUCAAAAUGCACCAUGUAGUGUUUCGCCAAGUAUAUCCAUCAAGGCAAUAAGGGUUAGGUACAAUGACGAUUGCAAGAAUGAAUCUGAUGUAGAUGGCUGUAAACAGAUAAUUGAAUCGGAAAAGCCGAAGGAAGUAACAAUAACAGCGCCGCCGGAGACAAUAACAAAAACCGAAAAGAUAGAGCUUCCACCAACAACGAUUAUAAAGGAGCUGACAAUUAUCAAACCGCCGUGUACCAUCGAAAAGGAGGUAAUAAUCACACAGGAGGUUACACAAGAGCCCGAAGUAAUUGUUCAACAGAAGACCAUAGUUGAGCCAACAACAAUUGUCGAAUACAAGACGAUUGAAGUUACAGCCACCGCAACAGAGAUUAUGCACGAGACAACAACCACAACAGUUACGCAAACAAAGGAAGCUAAGGUUUCCAUAUCGACUGUGUAUGUGGAAGCACUAAAGAAGACAAAGAUACCUGAUGAAGGAUAUGUGAAAACAAUUAAUACCACAAUAGUACUUGACGAUCCUUCGGAAGUGCCGGAAGAGAUAGAGUGUGAGGAGGAAUGCGAGUGCCAGGGAGAUAAAUGUAUGAAUCCGUGUGGCAAGAUACGGUGUGUGUCGUCUGAAUAG